AUGAUAUCCAACACCACCUCUGAAACGAUCUUGGUUUUGAGAGUAUUCCAGAUCCUGACCGUCGGUGCCCCAGCCGUUUUCUUUGCCAUCGCUAGUAUCUAUUCCUCGUUCUCGGUGACGCCGUCAACAAAAGCAGGAGGUGGAAGACUGCGCAAGGCUCAGCUCUCUCUCACUCUUUUCGCCGGCGUCCUCUCAGCUGCGGAAGCUGUUUUUGACCUCAAGAAGUCGGACCCAUCAAAGACCUCAGACCCAGAUGCCGUCUAUUCGCUCUUCCUUACUCUGGUCUAUGUCAUACUCUCCAUUGGACUCGUUGACGACGACGCAGUUGCAUCAUACCCUCACCAUGGAGCCUGGGCUAUCCUCCUCAUCUGUCAAGGCACUGUUUUCGUCCUCUGUAUUCCUGGCGCAUCCUCAGAAGACAAGCUCAUUUUCGCGCACGGACUCCUCCAAGGCCUUCGGCUCGCUGUCACGCUGAUCCUACUAGCCGGUAGCUUGUUCAUCCAGAAUUUGCAAUACAAGAAAAACACAGGUACCGAGGACGAAACACGCCCUCUUCUUGCUGAUGAGGCUUCUGCAAUUGGGCCGGCUACAAGCAGUGAAACGAACGAUCCAGAUGAUGACGAAGCCGACAGACUGCGCAUUCGAAGUCGCCCAUUCUGGCAAUAUGUAUACUCGUUCAAGGUCUUUGUGCCGUACAUGUACCCAAAGUCGCCCAGCUUACAGCUCUACUUCUUGGGAAUGUGUAUCUGCAGCGCCGGGUCGAGAGUGGUGAUAGUCGCUCUCCCUCUCACCCUAGGGGCCCUUGUCGACCGCUUGGGAGAAUCAGUUCCGUGGAAACAGAUCACCGUCUUUGUGCUACUUAAAUUCUUGACAUCCUCCGCCGGUGUGCCGCUGAUUGAGACUUGGCUAUCCUACCGGCUGAAUAUCGAUCUGACGCUCGGGCUGCAGCGACACUGCUACGACCACAUCAUGAAUCUCUCCGCAGAUUUCCAUGACAACAAGAAAUCACCAAUCAUCUGGCAGGUCAUGAAUCAAGGUCAGGACGUGAUAGACCUGUUCCACGAUAUGCUGUUCGAAUUUGUGCCUCAGCUGAUAGACCUGGUAUCUGCAUCUGUGGUCCUAUCCUACCUGUUCGGCCCCUACAUGACGUUCAUCGUCGCCACAACGGCCAUUCUGUUCUACUGGCUGACCUUCAAAGCACUUAUCACCAAGCGAUCUUUGCGACGAUCCUGGCUCGAUGCAUACCACGACCAGUACUACCAGAUGAGCGAGUCGACCUUGAAUUGGUCGACUGUUUGUUACUUUGGCCGCAUCCCAUACGAACUGCGGCAAUACCGGGAGAAGGGCGACGUCACUCGCGGGAAGAUGCUGAUGUGGUGGUCGUGGGAGUUUUGGACUCGUGGUCUGCGCAAUAUAGUCCCUUGCGCAACCUUUGCUGCCGCAUGCACCGUGGCGGCAUUGCAGAUUGCCCAUCGUCAGCUCAACAUCGGUGAUUUUGUAAUCUUGAUCACAUACUGGUCACAAUUGACCAGCCCUUUGUCGACAAUUGCGGGAGAACUUUCGAGACUGACUGAGAUGCUGGUCAACGCUGAGAAAUUGGUGGUCAUACUGGAAAAGACGCCGCACGUCCAGGACCUACCCGUUGCUAGGCCCUUCACGUUUUUGGAAGGCGCCGUGCAAUUUGAGAACGUGUCGUUCUCAUAUGAUGGCAAGCGUCAAGUGACAAAGGGUAUCACAUUCCGCGCGUCGCCCGGCACGACAAUUGCACUGGUCGGACAAACCGGAGGAGGGAAGAGUACCAUCUUGAGGCUCCUGUUCCGAUUUUACGAUGUCGAUCAGGGCCGAAUCCUGGUUGACGGGCAAGACAUCCGCCACGUCAAGAUGGAAAGUUACCGCAAGCAUAUUGCCAUGGUGCCGCAGAAUCCCGUCGUUUUUAACAUGUCGAUUCUGGAGAAUGUCAGAUACCCCGACAUUGACUGUACGGACGAAGAAGCAAUUGAGGCUUGCAAAGCAGCAGCGUUACACGACAAGAUUAUGUCCUUCACUAGAGGCUAUCAAGAGAAGGUUGGUGAGCGUGGCACGAAGCUUUCCGGUGGCGAAUUACAGCGACUCGCGAUUGCAAGGGCGAUUCUGAAGAAGGCUGACAUCCUGCUCUUGGAUGAAGCCACCAGCGCCGUGGACAGCAUCACCGAGAAGAAUAUACAGGCGAGCAUUCGUCAGCUCUGUGCAGGCAAAACGGCUUUCAUAAUCGCGCACCGUCUUUCAACAAUCUUACACGCCGAUCAUAUACUUGUCAUCCGUGACGGUCAGAUUGUCGAGGCUGGUUCCCAUGAGAGUUUAAUCAAACAGGAUGGCUCAUACAACGAGCUGUGGCGGAGCCAGCUUCGGCUCCAGGCCGAUGAGCGUUCUUGUUCACGAGCAAGAUCCCCGCAAAAGUCAAAGGCCCAAGUCCUUAUCAACGAUCUGAACAGCAGUGGGGAAGAGACUCAAACACUUGUUAAGAGCCUUAGUAGAAGCAGCAAAGAUGGGAGAUUCUCGGAGCAAGCAUAUGGAGCCGAUAGCGAAACCUCGAGCACUUAUGAGAAGGAUCAAAAAGCCUGCGAUGAGUCGCAUGCCAAUGCUGAUGGGCGUGGUAGAAAGCUCUCAAAGAGACUUGCCGGCGCCUUGAAUAGGAGCAUGUCACGGUCGAAAUCGCCCAGAAAGGGCCAAUCUUCGGAUUCUGGGUUGAACCCCGAUGCUCCGACGUUCAGACUGUCACGAUCGAAGUCGCCGCAGAAGGCCGGAUCGUCAGAAUCUGCUCUGAAGCCAGACGUCCGCACAUUCAGACCCCGACGAUUCCAAGACGGACACCACAGCACCAAUUUCUCGGAGGAGGCGCCCAGCAUGUCUGAGACUUUACUCAAACGUGCAACAGGCGAUCCCGUGAACCAGAUUGGAUCCAAUGCAGCCGCAAAUAACGAAAAUAACUCGAAGUCAUCUCUAGUACAGGCAGUGUUUCCGCUAAAGAGGAAGUGGACUAGGAAGGGUCGGGAGAACCUCGACAGCAAUGGAGAUUCAGAACUUUACGACGUACCGGAGGUUACACCGGACGCCGAUGAUGCUAAGUCCGACCGCCUAGAAGCCCGUGUCGACGGGAUCGACAAAGAGCAGAUCAAGUCAGUGUUGGGACACGUGCGGCGACGCGAGACCGCGAGUGAGCCUUUUCCAGAAAGUGUCAACGAAGAGGAUGACUCGGAAGGCUCAUCUGGAGAUGGGAAUAUCAUGCACUCGGCAAAGUAUUCGAGGUUGCCACAGCUGAUGCGAGGCCGAGCUGUGUCGGCUGUUGAAAGGAAGGCUGUCAAGGCGCAGGGGAGCGGGGAGCCGUCAGCGGAUGAGAACGAGCCUCGAGCACCAGUGAAUACAGCAGCAAGCAGUCCCGGCGUCCUGACACCCAAAUCGAACCGGAAGUUCUCUAGCGACUUGCUCGUCUAG